AUGUUGACGCGCUCACAUACAGGGUGCUGGACGUGUAAGCGACGACGCCGUCGCUGUGAUAACGGGCGCCCUGCGUGUCAGAAUUGCAGAGAGCGCAGGGUUGAUUGCGAGGGCUAUGAAGUCCGGCUGAAAUGGGGUGCCGGCAUUGCGUCGCGGGGACGAUUUACUGGUGCCGAUAAGCCCAUCCAGGAUUCUGUGCCGCCGAGGCAGAAGGGGAGGCAGAGGGAUCUGGGUAGAAAGGAGAAGGAGAAGGAGAAUAGGGCUAGGGACCCUGGUCAGUACAUUGAGACUAUGAGGCGAUUUCGUGUUGAUUUGUCAACAGAUGGAAGCCAAUUGGAGGCUCGAAGAACUGAAGCCGAGGAUGCAAUCUUCGAUGAAUUUAUGAAUGAUGGCAUCAAUACGCUCCAUUCAACGACGGCCAGAGAUAGCAUGCUUCAUCCACGACUGCCGCAGCUUUGCCAGGAGUCCAACGCUUUAUAUCCUAUCUGCAUUGCAUUUCAGCUCGCGCUAUCUAGUACCGUCACUCCUCAAUUCUGCGAGUACUUCGACACUGCAUUGAGAACUUUUAGAUCUGAACUGGCGUGUAGCACGACUCUUUCCGAUGCUACUUUGACAUCCGGACUCCUGCUGUGUAGCAUUGGCCUAAUGCAUGGCUUGCCCUGGACCAUGCAUCUAGAAGGCAUGCACCGAAUCCUGCAAAGCGACGGUCUCGACAACGCAGAUCGACCAUCUCCGUCUUUUUUUCGUCUCCAUCUUCUUGAGGUCAUGGGUGUGAUGGACCUUCAUUGUUCCGCUGUUGGUCGUCAAAGCCCACAUAUUGGAAUCUGGCGCCGAUAUUGCCAGCUCGCCACGCCAAGACACGGUGUAGAGCCUGUGAGCGGGUUACCACGUACAUUACUCGAUAUAUUUGCCGGGAUUGGAAUAGAGACGACCGAGCAAACAUUUUGGGACUGGCCCGGCGAGCCAGGUAGCUUUCUCCAGUGCUAUCUGUGGGAGGCACACCGACUUGCUGGCAUUUUGACACUCCGGCGAGACAAAGCCCAUGUACCUUUGCCUGAAAGUAUCUCAGCAUGGCGACAGCCUGCUAAGUGUCCGGCAGAUACCACCGUCCUAGUUGCACGCAUUCUAGCCAGUAUCGAUGCUCUUCGCCUUGCAUCCAUUGAGAGGCCACUCGAGGAUGCUUACAUCAGGAACGCGAUCAUUCUUCCUGUUUUCAUAGCCGGGUUGGAGAUUUAUGUGCUUUGUCGCAAGCCGGAAUGGCAACAGAUGAUCCGAACCAGUCUCAGAACCUCUCAUCAGUGUGAGAUUCUUCUCAGUCUAUUGGAAGAAAUCUGGCAAAGGGCAGAUCCUAGUCUUAGUGUCCAUGAUUUGGCUCGACAGAGAGGCAUUGAGAUGGGGCUUUUAUGA